CCUCACCUUUCACCGAAAAGUUGACACCAAUACACAAUGCAAAAAUAUGCAUAUUCUUGACUUUUUCCCUUUUCUUUUGGGAGGGAGAUUAAGAACCAAAACCAAUCGAAUACAUAAUUACACUCAUUAAAGCGCCACACAAUUCAAACCCCUUUUUGAUCUUUGUGUGUGUGUGUGCAUGAGUACCCUUCAUUCAAGUGCCUUUCUGCUCGCUCUUUUAUACAUAUUCCUUCAACAAAAAAGGUUCCAAUCUCUUGGUUACUGUGUGUCUGUGUGUUUUUCUGUGUUUACUAAAAACAGAGACAUGCCAGCCAAACAAAUCUAGCUACUCUGCAAAAGAAGAGCAUCAUUACCAGAACCAUUACUCAUUGAGAUAUUUGAAGCAGAAUUUGCCAUUUUGGGUGGAAUUGGGAGAUGGGAGUUGUUACUGUGGGUGAGCUGAAGCCCAGCAUUUCAGGAAAACGAACGUUUCGACCCAGUUCAAGCGCAAGACAUGUUGCAGAAUGGCCUAUUUCCGAUGUGUCGAGUGAUCUUACAAUUGAGGUUGGUGGCAAAUGUUUCUCACUUCACAAGGUUAGAAGAUCAAACCAGUUCACUUCUUUACUGUUCAUUCAAAGGCUACUUUUGAAGCUCUCCACAACAAAUUUAAGCUAAAGAUUUUUUCUUUGGUUUGCAGUUCCCUCUAGUUUCUCGAAGUGGAAGAAUCCGGAAAUUGUUGCUAGAAGCUAAAGAUUCAAAAGUUACAAGGCUGAAUUUCCAUGGUGUUCCUGGUGGAUCAGAAGCAUUUGAACUAGCUGCAAAGUUCUGCUAUGGAGUACUGAACACCGAAAUCACACAAUCAAAUGUCGCCGUUUUAAGAUGCGUGGCACAUUACCUGGAAAUGACCGAAGAAAUUUCAGAGAAGAACUUGGUGGCAAGAACUGAAACAUACCUGAAGGAUACAGUAUUCCAGAACACUUCGGUUUCGAUUUCUGUUCUUCAUCACUGUGAGAACCUCCUGCCUAUAUCAGAAGAAGUUAACCUGGUUAACAGGCUGAUUAAUGCAAUUGCAAAUAAUGCUUGUAAAGAGCAACUGACUUCUGGUUUAUCUAAGCUGGAAUAUAACUAUCCUUCAAAAGUUGUUCCCAAAAUGGAGGCUGAAACUCCUACAGAUUGGUGGGGACAGUCGCUGGCAAUUCUGAAUCUUGAUUUCUUCCAAAGGGUUCUUUCUGCAGUCAAGACAAAAGGCCUGAAACAGGACAUAAUCAGCAGGAUUCUGAUCAAUUACGCUCAGAAUUCCCUCCAGGGAUUAGUUGUCAGGGACCCUCAAAUCAUGAAAGGAAGCUCCCUGGAUUCAGAACUGCAGAAGAAACAACGGGUCACGGUCGAAACAAUCGUGAGCCUACUCCCAACUCAAUCCAGGAAAAGUGCUGUACCAAUGGCCUUCCUGUCCAGCUUGCUGAAAUCAUCCAUCUCUGCAUCGGCAUCCACGGCUUGUAGAUCCGACCUGGAGAGGCGAAUCGGGUUGCAGCUGGAUCAGGCUAUCCUGGAGGACAUCCUGAUCCCGGUGAACUCCAAUGGAUUGUAUGACACCGAUUCAAUCAUGAGGAUCUUCUCAUUUUUCUUGAACCUGGAUGAAGAUGAUGAAGAUGAUAACAACCAAAUGAGGGAUGAGAGUGAAAUGGUUUACGAUUUCGACAGCCCUGGAUCACCCAAACAAAGCUCCAUAUUCAAAGUCUCAAAACUUUUAGACAAUUAUCUGGCAGAAGUUGCCAUGGAUUCAAAUCUGACACCUUCCAAAUUCAUAGCAAUGGCAGAAUUACUUCCAGAUCAUGCUCGAUUAAACUACGAUGGAUUGUAUCGAGCUGUUGACAUAUAUCUCAAGGUUCAUCCCAACAUAAAGGAUUCAGAGCGUUACAGAUUAUGCAAGACGAUCGAUUGCCAGAAAAUGUCACAAGAAGCCUGCAGCCACGCCGCCCAGAACGAGCGGUUGCCGGUCCAGAUGGCGGUCCAAGUACUCUACUUCGAACAAAUCCGUCUCCGGAACGCGAUGAACGGCGGCCACAAUCAGAUGUUCUUCGGCUCGAUGAACGGGAGCCAGUUCCCGCACAGAUCCGGCAGCGGCGCCGGAAGCGGGUGCAUAUCGCCGAGGGACAAUUACGCGUCGGUGAGGCGGGAGAACCGGGAAUUGAAGCUGGAAGUGGCCAGGAUGAGGAUGAGGCUGACGGAUUUGGAGAAAGAUCACGUUUCGAUGAAGCAGGAGCUGGUGAAAACUCAUCCGGCGAACAAAUUGUUCAAAUCUUUCACGAAAAAGUUGAGCAAGUUGAAUAAUGCAUUGUUCCGGUUCAUUGAUGUAAAACCCUUCGUCGGAGGCGGCAAAACUCAAUCGGAAAGUAGGUUUCCGUUUCCGAAACGAAGGCGCCAUUCUGUUUCUUGAUCUUUUUAUUUUUGAAAUCCAUUUAACGGAAGCGUGAUUUUUCGUAUUGCUUGUAUAUAUACUUUCUUUUCAC